UGCGUAUCUUUUAGGAUGUUCGAUCAAUGGUGCAACUACCUCAAGCUCGCUUGGGACGAUUUCUGUCACAGUAAAAUCAUUAAAUAUAUAAUGACAUCCAAAUUAGGAAUUUUUAUUUCUACAUUGGUUUUUGACAUUAUUAUUUUCAAAAGAACCUGUGCGUUAUGUUGCACCUUUUAAAUUUCUCAUAACAAGUCUGAUUACCGUACCUUAAAGAGUUAAACGUAAUGAGAAUGGCUCGGCCGAAGCAUAGAGUUAACACGGAUAUAUGUGCUGAGUGUGGAGCACUCGAACCAGGAUGGGCUUCAUUGAAUAGAGCAAUUUUAUUAUGUGAUGAUUGUUGUGGUAUACAUCGUAGCCUUGGUCGUCAUAUAUCUCAAAUAAAAUCACUUCACAAAAGCACUUGGCAUACAAAUCUCCUUAAUAUGGUGUAUACAUUAAGUGAUAAUGGAGCAAACAGUAUUUGGGAACAUUCCCUUUUAGAUCCUAGUAAUUCAAAAAUUAGUAGAAGGAAGCCUCAAGCUAAAGAUCCUCUACAUCCAAUAAAAGCUGAUUUUAUUAAAGCAAAACAUCAACAUUUGACGUUCAUAUUACGUCCAAGUAAAGAAGAAUGUUGUAAUGAGGAGGAAUUAAGUAAACAAUUACAUAGUAGUGUUCGUACAAGUAAUUUAGAAACUUCUUUAAGAUUACUUGCACAAGGUGCUAAUCCAAAUUAUUUUUACAAGGAAAAAGGUACAACACCUUUACAUGUUGCUGCUAGAGCAGGUCAAGCUUUGCAAGUGGAGCUUUUAAUAGCUAAUGGUGGUAAUCCUAGCAUAAUUGAUUUAAAUGGGCAAACACCUGCUGAAAUUGCCAAGAUGGCAGGACAUAUAGACUUAUCGGAUCGUAUAAUAGAAUGCUUGUAUGAAUUAACAGAUAGACUAACAUCUUUUAUAUGUUCACGUAAACCAAAUCAUAGAUUGAAUGAACAUAUAAUUAUUCCUGAAUGCACAUUACAGAAUGAUCUAUGUUUUGAAGGAAGGAAUAAGUUACAAAUGUUAUCAAAUCAUUUGUUAGAAGAAUUGGCAAUGGAUGUUUAUGAUGAAGUAGAUCGUCGAGAAAAUGAAGAAAUUUGGUUUACAACUGCAUCUUUACCAGAAAAAUGUACAGUGCCUUUUCUACCAGUCAAUCCACAACUAUCAUCAACAAGAAAUCAAGGCAGACAAAAAUUAGCAAGAUUUACACCAAAGGAAUUUGCUACGCUUAUUAUAGAUGUUCUUAUCGAGGCUCGUAGAAGACAUAUGCUUGCAAAUAAUGCACCACUGCAAGAUCCAGCUGUUUCUAUACUUCAUAAAGAGCAACACGGAAAAUAUGGAUCACAAAUGUCUGAUGAUGAACCAUUAUAUGAUAGUGUUGCUUCUGAUGAUGAUUACGCAUUGACAUCAUCUGACAAUCCAGUGCCUGAAUACUCUACACAAUUUAAAAUGGAUAACGAGGAAGCUUUUGCGCCAUUAGCCAAGGGACUUCCAUCUUUUGUAGAAGUUUUGAAAAAACAAUUAACUCUCUCUGAAUCUACUGUUAGAGAUCUCCGAGAACAAAUUCGUACUUUACAGAGUACCGUAGAACAGUUAACACAGGAGAAUAAUGAACUAAAACAAAUGAUUCAUGUGAAAGGAUCUACUGAUGGAGUUAUUAAUGGUCAUGUUAGUGGAGAACAAGAACCAGAAUUAGAACCAGUGCAUGAUAUAAAAAUAUCUCUUAAUAGAAGCAACCAGCGACCUGCGUCUAUGUAUGAAACACGAGAAGGUUUACGAAAACCAAAUUCGUGGUCGACAUCUAUUUGUCAGUCAAAACGAGAUUCAGAGACAAUGUCGCGCAGUAACACUCAAAGUUUAUGGGAAUGCGGUGCUCCCAAUCUUCCGCCGAGUGAGGAAGUUACACGAAGAACUGAACAAGUUACAAGAAGAAUUCAGGAAUUAUGGAUGGCCAUGCAAGAUCCAAAACAACGAGAAGCUUUUGUACCUUGUGCAGAAAGAAUUCGUGUUGCCGUUGCUGAACUCACAGCUAUAUUUCCGCAAAAUCCUAUUGAGGAAAACAUCAGAUCUGCUCUGCGACAAUUAAAUGGUAAUACAGGUAGACUUCAAGCAGAAUGUUCUGGUCUUCAGAGAUGUACUAGUGAUAUAGAACAUAUGGACAGAUGCCUUCAGCAAGUACGUUCAUGUGCUUACGACAUUGCCAAAGCAACAAAACUUCUUGUUACUCAAUUUCAGACGUAACAGAUCAAAGGCAAAGUAUUACAAUUUAAAUAAUUUUUCUAUAUUUAAUGUAUAUAAAUUGUACAUAUGCUUAAUGUCGUAAUACUCAAAAUCAUCACAAAUUUAUAUAUUUAAUAAGUAUUCGUUUUAUAUUACAUAACAAUAAUUUGUUGUCUAAUAUUCUUAUUUUUAUUAUAAUGUAAAUAAUGAGUAAAUUUUAACGCAUGAAUAUUCUUAUAGUUUGUUAAAACAUAUA